AAAAUCGCUGGACUAAGCUGUUGAUUCUUUAAGUGAUUGGUAAAUGUUUCCUGUGUUGCAAUAUCUUGGCGAACAUCAUAACACCCUCUGAAAGUGACUCUACGAGAGAGGGAUGCGACAGCUGGUUCGGCAGGCCUCUAUUGAUCAACGAAGCCACAUACAUACAAACACUCGCAUCUGUGUCUGUACCUGUGUAUGGGUAUCCAGUAACAAGCAUGGAAAGAAAAGAGCACAUUUUGAAAACCUCGAGGCUGACCCUGAGCAAAAACUAGCUUCGAAAACUAGCUCUUCUCUUCCCCCACUGACAGUGCUCGAAGUUACAACAAAUGACCUCGUCCGCCUGGAAAAGGUUUUCGUGCCGUGAGCGGACAGAGAGCGUCUUCGGAGAAGAGAGUCAACGCCAAAGAGAGCGAGAGGGAAGCGAGCGAGUUGAAGUUAAAGCAAACACAUCGAAUAUGGCCAACAUUGGCUACGUUUUUAUAUGGACGCUAAUAGUGGUCAUUACUUCAGGGACGGAUCUAAACAAUGAUGAUUCUCUUAAUGAUGUCUUAAGCUACUCUACGCCCACAUUUAAUAGUGAGACAUCUUUGUCGGCUCAAAAUAUUGAAAAGAUUGAUGUUAAAUGCGACCAAGGAAAUGGCAUGACGGUGGAAGUAGACUUUUUAGAAAACUUUAACGGAAUUAUUUACAGUCAGGGAUACUACAAUGAUCCCAAAUGCACCUAUGUGGCUGCCAAUAAUGGAGACAGAAAAUUUAUAUUCAAUGUGCCUUAUGACGGUUGCGGCAGUAAGCCGUCCUGCUCGAUAUGCUCUUCAAUUGAGAACGUCCUAAUUAUACAAAAUGACAAAGAUAUUCAGAAUAGUUGGGAUAUAGCGCGAAAAGUAUCAUGUAGCCGCAGCGAGGAGCAGGAGAAAACGGUUUACUUCAAGCCGUUUGUCGUUGAUAUGCUCGAAAUAGUUUCCGUUGAUACCCCAAGCGGCCCAGUGGAAUGCUGGAUGGAAAUUGGUACUGGAAUACCACCAAAUAUUAAGCCCAUUAGUACAACCUUGAAGCUUGGCACCGAUGUAACGUUUACCAUAAAUGUAAAGCAUUCGACUCAAGCAUGGGAUGUAAACAUACUGAAGUGCUAUGCCUCAGAUGACAUGAACUUUGAGGCAAAAACCACCAAGACGUUACAACUCUCCGAUAAAAGAGGCUGCACUAUCAAGGAAAAAAUAUUUGGGGAGUGGCAAAAGUUGGAAUCUCAGUCCAGGUCCAGUCUUACCUCCACAUAUUAUAAUACACUCAAAGCAUUUAAAUUCCCCGACCGAUCCCAAGUGUAUCUAAAAUGUGAUAUUGAAUUAUGCAAGGGAACAUGUCAAAGAGAAUACUCAUGUAGCAGCUUAAAGACCAAAAUACCUACAGAUGGGCCUAAGCUUAGGUGUUACCCUGGCUCAGCAGAUCCUGCCUGUCUUUUAACCACUUUCUCGCCACCAACAAAGCCAAGAAUAGCAAUAACGACAACCAAAUCACGCUGCUACACUGGAUCUACAGAUCCAGAAUGCCAAAAAACAACCUACUUCCCACAAACAACGACUGAAGCGCCAAUAGCCAUAGAACAACCAGAAUGUUAUCUAGGAUCGACCGAUGCUCGAUGUCGUAAGAGUCCCGCAACGACAAUAAAGCCCAGAUGUUAUCCUGGAUCAUCAGAUCCAGACUGUCAGCCCGCAACUUACUUACCACCAACAACGAUCAAAACACGAGUAGAUAGACCAAAACCACGGUGCUUCCCAGGUUCAACCGAUCCCCGAUGCCCUCAAGAAUCCGCAUCCACACUGAAACCACGUUGCUAUCCCGGCUCAUCCGAUCCUGAGUGUCUUCCAUCGACAUACGCACCACCUCCAACUAGAAGAACCCCAACAUACUCGGCUCCGACGACGACUAGAGCUCCUAUAACUAUAGAAACACCGAAAUGCUAUCCAGGAUCGACCGAUCCUCGAUGUCCUCAGAGGCCCGCAACGACAACAAAGCCUAGAUGUUAUCCUGGAUCAUCAGAUCCAGAGUGUCAGCCCGCAACUUACCUGCCUCCAACAACGAUCAAAACACCAGUAGAUAGACCCAAACCACGGUGCUUCCCAGGUUCCACCGAUCCUCGAUGCCCUCAAGAACCCGCAUCGACACUGAAACCACGUUGCUAUCCCGGCUCAUCCGAUCCUGAGUGUCUUCCAUCGACAUACGCACCACCUACAACUAGAAGAACCCCAACAUACUCGGCUCCGACGACGACUAGAGCUCCUAUAACUAUAGAAGUAGCGAAAUGCUAUCCAGGGUCGACUGAUCCUCGAUGUCCUCAGAGGCCAGCAACUACAACAAAGCCGAGAUGUUAUCCUGGCUCAUCAGAUCCAGACUGCCUUAACUGCUUCCCAGGCUCUCCAGAUCCAAGAUGUCCUAAAGUGCCAACAACUAAAAAGGCAGGCUGCGAGGAGAGCCCAGAUGACCCCAGAUGUCAACCUGCCACCUAUUUACCGCCUUCCACUUAUCGCACUCCAACUCUUUCACCGAAGCCGAGGUGCUAUCCUGGAUCCAGAGAUCCCGAGUGUCUACCAGCAACUUACCAGCCUCCAACAACGAUCAGAACAACAGUCGCACCCAAACCACAGUGCUUCCCAGGGUCUACCGAUCCCCGAUGUCCUCAGAAGCCCGCAACGACAACAAAGCCCAGAUGUUAUCCUGGCUCAUCAGAUCCAGAGUGUCAGCCCGCAACUUACCUGCCUCCAACAACGAUCAAAACACCAGUAGAUAGACCCAAACCACGGUGUUACCCAGGUUCCACCGAUCCUCGAUGCCCUCAAGAACCCGCAUCGACACUGAAGCCACGUUGCUAUCCCGGCUCAUCCGAUCCUGAGUGUCUUCCAUCGACAUACGCACCACCCACAACUAGAAGAACCCCAACUUACUCGGCUCCGACGACGACUAGAGCUCCUAAAACUAUAGAAACACCGAAAUGCUAUCCAGGAUCGACCGAUCCUCGAUGUCCUCAGAGGCCAGCAACUACAACAAAGCCGAGAUGUUAUCCUGGCUCAUCAGAUCCAGACUGCCUUAACUGCUUCCCAGGCUCUCCAGAUCCAAGAUGUCCUAAAGUGCCAACAACCAAAAAGGCAGGCUGCGAGGAGAACCCAGAUGAUCCCAGAUGUCAACCUGCCACCUAUUUACCGCCUUCCACUUAUCGCACUCCAACUCUUUCACCUAAGCCGAGGUGCUAUCCUGGAUCCAGAGAUCCCGAGUGUCUACCAGCAACUUACCAGCCGCCAACAACGAUCAGAACAACAGUCGCACCCAAACCACAGUGCUUUCCAGGGUCUACCGAUCCUCGAUGUCCUCAGAAGCCCGCAACGACAAAAAAGCCGAGAUGUUAUCCUGGCUCAUCAGAUCCAGAGUGUCAGCCCGCAACUUACCUGCCUCCAACAACGAUCAAAACACCAGUAGAUAGACCCAAACCACGGUGCUUCCCAGGUUCAACCGAUCCUCGAUGCCCUCAAGAACCCGCAUCGACACUGAAACCACGUUGCUAUCCCGGCUCAUCCGAUCCUGAGUGUCUUCCAUCGACAUACGCACCACCCACAACUAGAAGAACCCCAACUUACUCGGCUCCGACGACGACUAGAGCUCCUAAAACUAUAGAAACACCGAAAUGCUAUCCAGGAUCGACCGAUCCUCGAUGUCCUCAGAGGCCAGCAACUACAACAAAGCCGAGAUGUUAUCCUGGCUCAUCAGAUCCAGACUGCCUUAACUGCUUCCCAGGCUCUCCAGAUCCAAGAUGUCCUAAAGUGCCAACAACCAAAAAGGCAGGCUGCGAGGAGAACCCAGAUGACCCCAGAUGUCAACCUGCCACCUAUUUACCGCCUUCCACUUAUCGCACUCCAACUCUUUCACCUAAGCCGAGGUGCUAUCCUGGAUCCAGAGAUCCCGAGUGUCUACCAGCAACUUACCAGCCGCCAACAACGAUCAGAACAACAGUCGCACCCAAACCACAGUGCUUCCCAGGGUCUACCGAUCCUCGAUGUCCUCAGAAGCCCGCAACGACAAAAAAGCCGAGAUGUUAUCCUGGCUCAUCAGAUCCAGAGUGUCAGCCCGCAACUUACCUGCCUCCAACAACGAUCAAAACACCAGUAGAUAGACCCAAACCACGGUGCUUCCCAGGUUCAACCGAUCCUCGAUGCCCUCAAGAACCCGCAACGACAUUGAAGCCACGUUGCUAUCCCGGCUCAUCCGAUCCUGAGUGUCUUCCAUCGACAUACGCACCACCUACAACUAGAAUAACCCCAACAUACUCGGCUCCGACGACGACUAGAGCUCCUAUAACUAUAGAAGUACCGAAAUGCUAUCCAGGGUCGACUGAUCCUCGAUGUCCUCAGAGGCCGGCAACUACAACAAAGCCGAGAUGUUAUCCUGGCUCAUCAGAUCUAGAGUGUCAGCCCGCAACUUACCUGCCUCCAACAACGAUCAAAACACCAGUAGAUAGACCCAAACCACGGUGCUUCCCAGGUUCAACCGAUCCUCGAUGCCCUCAAGAACCCGCAACGACAUUGAAGCCACGUUGCUAUCCCGGCUCAUCCGAUCCUGAGUGUCUUCCAUCGACAUACGCACCACCUACAACUAGAAUAACCCCAACAUACUCGGUUCCGACGACGACUAGAGCUCCUAUAACUAUAGAAACACCGAAAUGCUAUCCAGGAUCGACCGAUGCUCGAUGUCCUCAGAGGCCCGCAACGACAACAAAGCCUAGAUGUUAUCCUGGAUCAUCAGAUCCAGAGUGUCAGCCCGCAACUUACCUGCCUCCAACAACGAUCAAAACACCAGUAGAUAGACCCAAACCACGGUGCUUCCCAGGUUCAACCGAUCCUCGAUGCCCUCAAGAACCCGCAACGACACUGAAACCACGUUGCUAUCCCGGCUCAUCCGAUCCUGAGUGUCUUCCAUCGACAUACGCACCACCUACAACUAGAAGAACCCCAACAUACUCGGCUCCGACGACGACUAGAGCUCCUAUAACUAUAGAAGUAGCGAAAUGCUAUCCAGGGUCGACUGAUCCUCGAUGUCCUCAGAGGUCGGCCACUACAACAAAGCCGAGAUGUUAUCCUGGCUCAUCAGAUCCAGACUGCCUUAACUGCUUCCCAGGCUCUCCAGAUCCAAAAUGUCCUAAAGUGCCAACAACCAAAAAGGCAGGCUGCGAGGAGAACCCAGAUGACCCCAGAUGUCAACCUGCCACCUAUUUACCGCCUUCCACUUAUCGCACUCCAACUCUUUCACCUAAGCCGAGGUGCUAUCCUGGAUCAAGAGAUCCUGAGUGCCUACCAGCAACCUACCAGCCACCAGCAACUAUAGAAACACCAACGGAGAGGCCUAAGCCAAGAUGUUACCCUGGUUCUACUGAUCCUCGGUGCCCUCAAGAGCUACCUUCGACAACAAAACCGAGAUGCUAUCCGGGAUCAACAGCCCCAGACUGUCUAGCACCAACGUAUUUGCCACCAACAACGAAACAAAUUCCAACCUCUAAUACUAUCACACCUAAGCCCGUAACAACAGAUGGAGAAAAGUUUAGGUGCUACUCUGGUUCGCCAGACCUCCGUUGCAAGCAGGACAGUACUGUGAUACCCUCCUAUAACUUGAUUACUUCCACUCAGCCACCCGCAACAACGCCUACUUAUUGUUAUCCUGGAUCUAUUGAUCCACGUUGCCCCAACAGCGGAUACAAAGGCACGAGUCGUAUUCCUGCUACAUAUCUACCGCCCUUGAGUGACCCGGGGUACGACAGGACUAUUCGUAAUGCAAAGAGCUCUUUUUUUAAGGAAAUUAACCAAUUGGCAUUCACCGAUAAUAACAUUUUUGAGAUUGAUGAGGAUGAAAGCGACUCAACUAGAGUUAAACGGGAGUUAAAGGCUGCCGACGAAAAUUCAUUGAUCAUUGCUCAAGAGGAAGACCUAUUAUCGAGAAGAAUUGUUAAGCGUGAGUUUAGUGAACGGCCAUCAGAGAGUGAAGUGAUUUCUCUGACACUUGGUAUUCGAACGGGGAUCAAUGUUAAUUAGUCAUGGAAGUUAAAUACCUAGCACUAGCAAUAUUAUUAUAAUACCCAUCUUACACCGAUAUGUAUUUUACUUAGCCAGAUAUUCAUUAAAUAUAAAUCUUUGUACAAAUUGUAA